CGAGUCGACCGUCGGUGACUCAGUACGAGUUUUCUGUUAGUUUUUUUAUUAUUUAUUUUAAGUCACAAGUCUUCUAUUUAUAAACAGAGAAAACGAAGAUAGCUAUCGUUUUUGUAAGAGAGAAGAGAAGAGAAGAGAAGAGAAGAGAGAGAAGGGUAUGGAAAGAUAGAUAAAACUCAGUUUAUUUUGAAAAUACACAGAGGAGAGAGAUAGAGAGAGAAGGAAAUGGGGGAUUCAAGCGGUUCUGUCUCCAUUGAUAUGGAGGCAAUGUCUCUUGGAGGACAGGAGCACCUUGUGGAGACUACCUAUGGCCCGGUAUGUGUUGCCGUUUGCGGUGAUCCUGAUAAACCUGCUCUUAUCACAUAUCCUGAUAUUGCUCUUAAUUAUAUGUUCUCUUUUCAAGGGUUGUUGUUUUGUCCAGAAGCUAGUUCCUUGUUACUCCACAACUUUUGCAUUUAUCACAUCAGUCCUAUUGGCCAUGAGUUAGGAGCUCCAGUGAUCAGUGUUGAUGCUCCUCUGCUCUCAGCUGAUGACUUAGCUGACCAGAUAGUCGAGGUUCUUAACUAUUUCGGACUUGGUGCAGUAAUGUGUAUGGGAGUCACAGCAGGAGCUUACAUUCUGACCUUAUUUGCUAUGAAGUACAGGCAGAGAGUUCUGGGAUUAAUACUCGUCUCUCCACUGUGCCAAGCUCCUUCUUGGUCAGAAUGGUUGUGCAAUAAGGUUAUGUCUAAUCUUCUUUACUACUAUGGCAUGUGCGGAGUGGUUAAAGAAUUGUUACUAAAACGGUACUUCAGCAAGGAAGUUCGUGGUAAUGCUCAAGUUCCAGAAUCAGAUAUUGUUCAAGAAUGCAGAAGAUUACUUUGCGAGCGGCAGAGUACAAAUGUAUGGAGAUACCUCGAGGCAAUCAACGGGAGAGUGGACCUUAGCGAAGAGUUAAGGAAACUGCAAUGCAGAACUUUAAUAUUCAUCGGUGAAAACUCAGCUUACCACUCGGAGGCCGUUCACAUGACCACAAAACUAGACAGACGAUACGGCGCACUAGUCGAGGUACAAGGAAGCGGGUCGCUGGUGACAGAAGAGCAGCCACAGGCGAUGGUAAUACCGAUGGAAUACUUUUUGAUGGGAUACGGAUUGUAUCGUCCAGCACAGAGCGUGAGCCCGAGAAGUCCUUUGAGCCCAACGAGAAUCUCGCCUGAGCUUCUCUCACCUGAAAACAUGGGGUUGAAGCUCAAGCCCAUUAAGACAAGACUCGCCCUAUGACACGACACUCUGCCUCCUCCUCCUCCUCUUUGUGCUAUAGAAAUUAUUAUUGCAACAUAUAUUUAUACUUUACAUAAAAAAAAUCGACAUUGGUUUGGAGUUUGGAGUUUGAGAUGCUCUUUUGUGUUAUUAUUAAAGCUGUAGAUAUAGACAGGGACACAGAUGUUUUAUGUUUUUGAAAAUUUUGUGGUAGCUGUUAUUGUUAUGUUUGUACAUGUUGAAUAAAUUAUUUGAGGAAAAUUUCCCUUA